UCGUCGUCAUCGUAUCGAACCGCAGCCUUUACCGGGUUAAUUUGUUUGUGUCUGGUUCCUCUGUAUUGACAACGAUCGUGUUUUUCGGUAUUUUAUGUUAUUAAAACAAAGACUACAAGAUGUGCGAUUAUGAGGUUGACGCCCAACUAUUAAUUUCCUUAGUAGAACAACAUGCCGAACUGUGGGACAAUUCAUCGGAGUAUUACAAGCACAAGCAAAGGACGGAAGCGGCGUGGAACGACGUGUGCAGGGUCGUAUUUCAAGAUUUUGACAUAUUAACACAAACGGAAAAAAUGGCAAGAGGUAAAGCAGUGAGAAGGAAAUGGGCCAAUAUAAGGGACUCUUGGAUGAGAUAUUUAAGGAAAGUUACGGAAGAUCUGGAAUGCGGAAUGAAACCGCCCAAGAAGUACCUAUACCAUGAUCAGUUGCUGUUUCUUACCAAGAAUGGGGAAACACCAACUUUCGAUACAGUUAAAACAGAAAUUAAACCUGAUUUCGAAGAGUCCUUAAAAUCGGAUGAAUUUGAAGAAUCAGUUGACAGCCUACUAGGCGCCGCUGAUGUACCUCGAAUAAGUAAGCAAAGAAAAAUUGACACCGGAAAGGAAACAUUGCUGUACGAAAAGCAACUUUAUUUAGAAGAGAAUCGUCAUAUAUCUUUUUUUAAAAGCAUACUGCCUUCGAUAAAUAAUUUCAACGAAGACCAGGUUAUAGAUUUUCAAAUGGGAGUUAUGAAAUUAAUCAAAGAUAUUAAAGCAUCUGGCUCGUCGCAGACGAGUUGAAACCAUUUUACAUAUUUUUUUCUACUCCCGUCAGUAAAACACCUAACUACACACCAAUAUAGCGCGCUGGAAGCGUCACUUUACCACGUCAGUUUCGUUUCCCACGGAUCCGAGCCAUGUCUGACAUUUUCGGGAUUUUACCGCCCGGGUUUGGUAGAAUGUUUUGCUUAAUGAACGUGACAAUAUAUGUAAAUAAAUUACGCAUGAAUCUAAGUAGUGUAAUUUUAAUUAUUUGCACACUCUACUUCAAAAUUACAAACCAACGCAACGUUUGUUUUAAAGGUUGAUCCA